UGUUGAUGCUGGCUUCACACUCUCGCGCUCGCUUCAUUGAUCAGAACUUGAGUCACGCUUUAUGUUUUUAGAUAAUGGCCAGUGUUGAAUUCAUCAAAGACCUUUGUACUCCAGCGCUGGUCAUUGACCUGGAUAAAGUGAAAAGAAAUGCUGAAGGAAUGCGGGCGCGCUUCCAGAAACUGGGGGUCCAGCUCCGACCUCACAUGAAAACACACAAAACACUGGAAUGUGCGGACAUCAUGACAGGAGGCUCUCGUCGUUGUAUCGUGGUUUCUACUCUAGCUGAGGCAUUAUUCUAUGCUGAUAAUGGCUAUGAUGAUAUACUGUACGCAUACCCACUGCCAUUUGAUAAAGUGGAGCACUGUGCUGAGCUAUCUGAGAGACUUUCUCUAUUCCACAUCCUAGUGGACAACCGCCUUGCCCUACAGGAACUCAAGAGGAGACCUCUGAAGCAGGGAAAAGUCUGGAAGGUGUGGAUGAAACUGGAUUGUGACAAUGGGAGAGCGGGUGUUCCUCACUUUGACCCAGCUGCGCUGAAACUUGCCCAGGAGGUCUCGGAUACUGCAGGGGUGGAGCUGACAGGCAUUUACUCCCACUGUGGGAACACCUACGGCUGUCAGGGGGAGGAGCAAAUCAAAGCCGUUGCUCAGGAAACCACUACCAUCACUUUGCAGUUCAUGGAGAAGCUGAAGGCUGCCGGGAUACACACCCCCAAAUCCAGCAUUGGCUCCACCCCUUCCUGUAGCCACCCAGUUCCAGACAUGGCCAUGUUGAGUGAGGUGCAUCCUGGGAACUACGUAUUUUAUGACGUGCAGCAGUCUCUCAUUGGGUCCUGUAGACUUAAGGAUGUUGCAGUACGGGUACUGACGCGGGUCAUAGGUCACUAUCCGCACAGAAACCAGUUACUUUUAGACUGUGGGUGGACAGCACUGAGUCAUGAUGGUGGGGGGCGCUUACCCACCGGAUACGCCAUCAUUGAAGGACACCCGGAACUCAAACUACUGUCUAUGACUCAGGAACACGGCAGGGUGGAGCCCAUCUCUGGAAAACUGGACUUCAAGCAGUUCCCGCUGGGAUCACUCCUCACACUCAUGCCUUACCAUGCUUGUGCUACAGCUAUGAUGCAUCCGGUCUAUUUUGUCCAUUCUAAUGGGAAGAUUAUAGACACAUGGAAACCCAUUCGAGGCUGGUAAACAUAUCUACCAGAGGCACUGUGGUACAGUUAGGGACUGUUAGAAAUGUUUAGGACUUGUAGCAACUGUGAAUUUGCUGUCAAAGGCAGGUGUCUAUUAAAAACCCUUAUUAAGAGAUUUUUGUUCAUAAUAAGCCAAGUGCAUUAUGAGUUGGAAGCAUGGCAGUUUUUUCAUUGAGGAGCACUUGUUGUUGAAAAUGUAAGAUUCCAUCAAAAUAGCCUUUGUGUUAACUGGAAGUGUUAAUUUGGUGUUAAUUGGACAAUUUAUUCUUAUUUGCUUCUUUAAAUGCCUAAAAGACUACAAUAUUCUCUGUAGACUUAUGAAAGACUGUGAUUUCUUCUUUGUAUCUGAAUGAACUUGCAUGCAGUAUGUUUUAUGGACUCAAAAAGAGUUUUGGGGAGAUCUGAAAUCUCUGAAUUUCACUUUUUACAAAAUGUUAACAACAUGCACCUCAGUUUGUAAUAAAAUCCUCUACCACAGUGGUAAGUAA